AAUAAGACGUUUGUCUUCGAAAAUAGUACAAUAUUGUAUUGAUAUGGCGAGAAGAUAAGAUUGUAGACUACACAGAGCUCUAAGGCUAAGCCUAACUAACAGCAGGACGGAGUAAGAUGGCUGAUAGGGCAGGUUCGUUUACGAAAGCAGUUCAAAAACAUGCUGGGCGCGCUAAAGAACGUCUCUUGCAGAACUUAGGAAAAGCAGACAAGACCUCUGAUGAACUUCUUGAAAUAUAUAUUCAUAAUUUCAAAAAACAACAAAAUGGAACACACAAACUUAACAAAGAACUCAAGAACUAUCUCUCCUGUGUUCGAGCCAUGCAAGCAGCGAGCAAGAGCCUUCUGGAUACUCUCAGUGAAAUCUAUGAACAAGAGUGGAUAGGACAUGACCAAAUUGCUGUCAAAGCUCAGAGUCUGGAGCUGCUAACUGAAGACUUUUGUACAAAACUUAAUGAUCAGGUGUCCACGCCUCUCAACUCCUACAUGAAUCAGUUCCCUGAAAUUCAAAAAAUAGCCAAACGAAAUAGAAAAGUGGUCGACUAUGAUAGCAGCAGGCACAGUUUAGAAGCUAUAAUUCACUCUUCUAAGAAAAGAGAUGAAAUGAAAAUAGCAAAGGCAAGAGAGAACCUUGAUGAGGCCAAGCGUUUAUAUGAAGUUCUUAACAAAGAACUACACGAUGAGCUACCAGCAUUAUACGACAGCCGUAUCGCAUUCUUAGUAUCAAACCUUCAGUCUUUAUUCUCAGCCGAAUCUGUCUUCCAUGGAGAGUGCACGAAGGUGCAUACACAGCUUAGUGAUAUGAUGGAGAGGUUGGGGACGGAGUAUCAUAAGGGUAGUUACAAAUCACGCAAGUCUAGGAAAAUACACACUGCAAAAAAUGAAAUUGAUGCAAGACAGUAUGAAGAAAUAGAAUUCAAGAGAAAUUCCUUAGAGAAGCAAAAAAAUGCUUCCUUGAAUGUUCCGGUUUCAUCUGAGAAGAAAGAACACAGCCGUGGAGAUGUGCCAGUGGCUCCUAAAGCAAAUUCUUUCUCUGAUGAAGUUAUAUCUCCGCCCUACAGGGAGACUGACAAAGAAUAUGAGCCAGUUGGUCCAGAGAACAACAUUGAUGAUGAACCAUUGAGAUCAAUAGAUCCCAAGAAGCUCGAGGAGCUGUAUGAUAUCCCUGUGGGAGCAACAACAACAGGCCUUCCACCUGGUGUUUUUUAUCGGGUUCGAGCUACGUACAAGUAUACGGCAGAAGAUGAGGAUGAAUUAGACUUUGAAUCUGGGGAGAUCAUUCAAGUGGUAGAAUACGAUGAUCCUGAUGAACAGGAAGAAGGAUGGCUCAUGGGCAUCAAAGAAUCAACCAACCAAAAGGGUCUCUUCCCAGCAAAUUUCACUCGCCCCAUUUAAGAUUUCCUGUAAAAUCUUGUCUCAGGUUACAGUUUGGAUACCUUGUUAUUAAGGUUAUCUGUACAUCAGUACAUGGAGUGUUUAAAAUUUAGCAAAAGAAUCUAUGUGUGUUUGUGUGAAAAAAUACAGAAAUUUAUUGUUGUUAGAAAUUGUACAUUGAAACAUAUUUUCUCUUUAUAAAAUUGUUUUUUUUACCCGUUAUAUUUUAGGAUGGACAUGCCAUGGUUUUAAAGUUUUUAUUCUCUAUUUAACUGACAAAAAUGACUUAAAACAAAAUAUUUCAAGAAAUCCUGUUGCAUGGCUUUAACGAUAUAAAUCUGUAUUUUUACAAUACUUUUGUUGUUGCCUAAAUUCUUGUUUGCUAUUAUUGAAAUAUAUUAUAAAAUGUUUAUGGUGUUCUAGCCAAGUAUCUAGCUAUAUGAAGCACAGCUAUUUAAACUCAAACUGUUGUGAUGCAUGACUGGAAUUCUUGAGUUAUAUGAUCAUGUUGUUGAAAUAGUUUAUGUGUACUUAACACACUUUUGUGUAUUUUAAGCAAUUAGUAUUUGUUGCUAUAAAAGAACUAAUAAAUUGUAAGUAGUUCGUAAUACGAUAUACCACCAGUAUACUUUUCUCAUUUGUUAUACUCUUUAAUAAUACUCCAUAGCUGUCUUUAAAUAAGAUAAGUAACCAAGACACACAAAACUUGGAAACUUCGAAUCUAAAGACAUUUACUCAAAAUACGUUUUUUUUAUUAAUUUUUUUUCAAUUUCACAAGCUUUUAGUUUGUGAUGUCAUUUUUAUUAGUUAUGGGUAGAAAAUGUACCCUUAUGAAAAGGGUCGUUAAACUUAAGUAUUGUCUUGCAUCUACAUACUGUUAUUUAUUAACUUUGUAGGCCUUAAGUAAUCCAACUAAUAUUUUAUAUGAGGUUUUCAAAGAAUACAAAAUUGCAUGAAAAUAUGUAAUAGUAACCAUAUAUAGUACAAAUAUUCCUAUGAAGAUUUAAUGUUAUACAAAACUGUUUUUAGGAAAAGUAUUUGUUGGUAAAGUAUGUUAAUGCAGUAAUAAAUUGAAAUAUUUUUAAGAUGCAGCAUAAAAUAUUUUUUGUAUAAUUGUGUACACCUCGCCAAACUGUUUCAUAAUGCCACUUCUAUAAUAUUUUUCAAGUGUGGGUAUUGUAUGGAAAGUCAUACAAAUACAAUUGUGAAUACCUUGUUGUAGUAUUUGUGAUUGGUUUGCAUCAGAGGUUAUACAACUACAAGCUGUUAUUAAGUUUGCACAAUGUAUUGGUGACAGACAUUUGUUAAAAGGCAAUAAUAAAAAUUCUGUUAAAAUUAAGCAUCUUAAGAGUAAAGUAUUAAGAAGCCCUGUGAUAUUGUUAACAUAAGGGUUUAAAAUAAUAUUACUUUGUUAUAAGUCUGGAAAAGUGACUUGUUUGAAUGUGAUGAAGAAGCAUCUAAAAGUUGUAGCUUCAGAUGCAGGACAAAACUGUUGUCUGUAGUAGCGAGUUAAAGGUUAUUUAUCCCAUAUUUUUAUUAGGAGUUAUCUUCAUCAGAUUGACCACAAGUACUAGUGUGCUUUAUGUUCUAGGAAGUUAAUGGUCAGCUAUCCCAAGUUAUAAAUUAAAAACUUGUGUGUUUGACAACUUAUGGUGCAUCCAUCCCAUGUGUCUGUUCGAAGUCAUCUUUGUCAAACUGACCAUUAGCACUAGCGUGCUUAUGUUGUAGGAAGUUAAUGGUCAGCUAUCCCAAGUUAUAAAUUAAAAACUUGUGUGUUUGACAACUUAUGGUGCAUCCAUCCCACGUGUCUGUUCAAAGUCAUCUUUGUCAAACUGACCAUUAGCACUAGUGUGCUUAUGUUGUAGGAAGUUAAUGGUCAGCUAUCCCAAGUUACAACUUAAAAACUUGUGUGUUUGACAACUUAUGGUGCAUCCAUCCCAUAUUUUUGUUGGAAGUAAUCUUACCAGACUGACCACAAGCAGUAGUGUACUUUAGGUAUUAGGGAGUUAAUCGUCUGCCAUCUCAAACAUAUUGUGGAAAGCAGCCCUAAGUGAUUGACUGACCACCAGCACUGAUUUCAAUAUCAUGAAUUAAAUUUCAUGUUAGUAUCAAGUUUUUGCCUAUUAACUUUAAUAUAUAUAUAUAUUAAUUAAACUUUGAGAUGUGAAAUAUUUUCAUCCAUUAUUUAUGUUCUCAUUAGUAAAGACCUCAAGUUUCGUUGUUUAUGUAUAAAUUAUAAUGUUAUCCUUAACGUUUUGUUUGUUGCUUUAUGUUUAUCAUGGUGAAUGUUUGUCUUCCAUAUUGGGUAAACCUGGUUGCAUGAAAAAUUGAAAUUUUGUAGUUUGAAGGUCGGAAUUUUUAAUAAAUGUCACAAGUGGUUUUCAAGGUAGCUUAUUAUGUAAAAUUACUUUGACUCUCUUAUGUCCUUCUUAUCAGAAGUGAUGUUAUUAUUUACAUUUUAGGUAUUGAAUAAUUUGAAAAGUAGAAACUUUUUAGACAUGUAAAGAUCUGUCUAUAAAUUUCACGUAUAAGCUUUCAAGAUGGCUAUUCCAUUUUAAUUUAAUUUGACUGUUUUAAGUCCUUAUCAGAAGUGAUGUUAUUUUUCUCCCUUAUCUGCAGAAACGCCUCACAGUUAUUGAUUUUAUAUUUGUAAAACAGAAUAAAACCUUGUAUACUCUGUUUGCCGUGGUACUGACGUGAUAAAAAAUUAUCUUGUAGUUUCUAUCUUCAUGUUUGGUAGUGGUUUUAUUUCAGAUAUGCUGUAAGGUGCUUGGUUAAUGGUUUUGUAGCUUCAUUUGACCUUGCGAGAGAAUGUUUUAAAUGACUCAAUCUUAAUUUUUUCUCAUAAUUGUUAUUGUAAAAUAUUAAUUUUAAGAGCAUCAGUAUUUGUGGUUCAGUUUUUAUAUGCAAAAAUUAAUGGUACAUCGGGAAAGUUAGUAUUAUAGCUACAUAAAAAUUAACAGAAAUGUGUGUUUCCAAAAUUUUGUCAAGACUAAGAAAAACAACAACAACAAACUAUUCUAUAAAGUAAACCAGUAUUGAAAUUUACUCAGAGGAGAUCUGUUAAUAUUUUGUUUUCUUAAUCUGCAAAGCUUUACAGUAGGAGAAUAUUUUCCUUCUUUGAUAACCACAAACAUUUUAACCUGAAUGUAACUUAGCUGUCAGUUGUAAUAUUAAGUAAAAUUUUUCAUACUCUACAGCUGUUUGUAAUACUUAGCUUAAUAGUUUUUUUUUAAACAAUGAGUUUGUCGGUCGUCUUACUAUAAUCGGCAAGUGUGCACAGUGAAAAUGAUUUAGAGUAACAAAUUUCUGACCGAGACAAUUUAGGUGUCUAGUAUUAACCAAUAGAAAUAAACCUAUAUUUUCCUCA